AUGCAAGUAAAAGAAGACAACAGCAAUGAUCUGGCCAACGUCAUCAAUCGCUACAGGCCAGAUCUAAAGCCCUUCGAAGAUGUCUAUCGCCACCUACACACCAACCCUGAACUAUCAGGCCAAGAAGAACAAACAGCAAAGAUAGCAUCUGACCACCUCAAGACCAUCGGCUUCGAAGUCCACACAAAAAUCGGUGGCCAUGGCGUGGCAGGCAUCCUCCGCAACGGCACCGGCCCAACAAUCCUCUUACGGGCGGAUAUGGACGCAUUACCCGUAGAAGAACAAACCGGUCUACCGUACGCAAGCACCCGACACGUCAAAGAUGAAACUGGCGGCGAUAAACCUGUGAUGCACGCCUGCGGACACGACUCCCACGUCGCAACGCUAAUGGCCACCGCAACACUCCUGCAAUGCGCGCGCGACCACUGGUCCGGAACAUUGAUCUGUAUCUUCCAGCCUGCCGAGGAACACCUCGAUGGCGCGCAGGCGAUGCUGGAUGAUGGGCUGUACGACAAGAUUCCCAAGCCGGACCUUGUGCUCGCGCAGCAUGUCAUGCGCAUGCGCGCGGGGACGGUCAAUCUCCGCGCUGGGCCAUUACUGACUGCCGCCGAUGCCUUCAACGUGCGCGUCUUUGGGCGUGGAGGUCAUGGGUCUGCGCCGCAUACGACUAUCGAUCCGAUCGUGGUCGGUGCGGCGAUCGUUAUGCGACUUCAGACUAUUGUCUCGCGAGAGAUCACGCCUGGAAAGUUGGCUGUUGUUACCUGUGGUAGUAUUCAUGCUGGACAAUCGCCAAAUAUCAUUCCGGCGUAUUUGGAUUUGCAGCUGAAUGUGCGGACCUACGAUGCGGAGGUGCGGAAGCGUGUGUGUGCUUCCAUUCAUCGCAUUAUUGAGGGUGAAUGUCUGGCUGCUGGGGUUGAACAGAAACCUGAAAUUAAGCUUACUUAUUCGACGCCGUCGACUAUUAAUGAUGGAAAGACUAUUGAUGCUCUUCGUGAAACUUUCAGUCCAUACUUUGGUGAUCGGCUGGUUGAUAUGGAGCCUCCGACUGCUAGUGAGGACUUUUCUUUGCUGGCAACUGCUGUGGGCGCGCCUUAUGUUAUGUGGAUGUUCGGUGGAACUGAUCCUGAGACUUGGGAUGACGCUGUUGCUAAGGGGACUGUUGAUGAACUGCCUAGUAACCACUCGCCGUUCUAUGCACCGGUUAUCCAGCCGACGUUGUGUACGGGUGUGGAUGCUAUGGCACUCGGGGCAUUGACUUUCUUGAACAAAAAAUGA